AUGGAGCAUUCUCUUCCGGACACGUUAUGCUAUUGCAAAAAGGUGAUCUUGACGAACCUGACAGCGGUAUUAGAAUUCCUCCAAGUCGCAAUUGAUAUCUCUGGAGAUGGCCGGAUCCCUCAGCCUCCAUAUUCUCCCAAUGUUGAAACCGGAAUUCUCAACAUAACCAUUUUCCUGUUCAGCUACGUAACGGGCCUCAACUUGACGAUAUCGAAUGGCACCAGUUACGGCUGGUUGAACGACAGGUCGGAAGCACCUGAGUUCAAUUGUAACUCCUCAACUAGUCAAGGCUUUCAGAAUGCGGGCUGUGAGGAGAUCAUGGCACAAGAGAGCGGCAGUACCGUGAAACACGUCAAUUGGGCGUGGCCUGACUGUUUCGUAAGUGACGACGGUGAAAAGGAUUCCGGGAGCUCAUCGGCCAGAGGGUCUUAUAAUGUGGGAUCAUGGCCGCUUCUCUCGCCCAACCUGGUGAACUGA